AUGGUGAUAGCUAAUCCUCCGCAUGCCUCUGGUCUCUCUCUGAGCUCCUUCAGUGGAUCCUCAGUCUGCAAACAGGUGACCAUGGCGAACCCGAUCAGUCGCCUGAUGUCCGGCCGGAGCAGCGCGGUGAUGCUGGCCAGUGUGGGUCUGGCAGGUUUGGGUCUGGCCUCUGGAUAUAUACUCACAGAGACCAGAGUGACCGCAGCUGAGAGGAGGAGGAUGUUCCCGCCCAGCGCUGAUUACCCAGACCUCAGGAAGCACAACAACUGCAUGGCGUCGGCGCUGACCCCCGCGAUGUACGGACGUCUGCGGGACAAGGUCACCCCCAACAACUGGAGCCUGGACCAGUGCAUCCAGACCGGAGUGGACAACCCAGGCCACCCCUUCAUCAAGACCGUGGGCAUGGUGGCAGGAGAUGAGGAGAGCUACGAGGUGUUCGAAGAGCUCUUUGACCCGGUCAUUAAGGACAGACACAACGGCUACGAUCCUCAGACCAUGAAGCACCCCACGGACCUGGACGCAAGCAAGUUGACCUCAGGCAUGUUUGAUGAGCGGUACGUGCUGUCGUCCCGUGUCCGCACUGGCCGCAGUAUCCGUGGGCUGAGUCUGCCGCCGGCCUGCUCCCGCUCAGAGAGGCGCGAGGUGGAGCGUGUGGUGGUCACUGCUCUGUCUGGCCUCCAGGGAGAGCUCUCCGGACGCUACUACAGUCUGGGAGAGCUGAGCGAGAGCGAGCAGCAACAGCUCAUCAAUGAGCACUUCCUCUUUGACAAACCCGUGUCCCCUCUACUCACUGCAGCAGGCAUGGCCCGGGACUGGCCCGAUGCCCGCGGGAUAUGGCAUAACGAUGACAAGAACUUUUUGAUCUGGAUCAACGAGGAGGACCACACUCGGGUCAUCUCCAUGGAGAAAGGAGGCAACAUGAAGAGAGUGUUCGAGCGCUUCUGCAAAGGCCUGAAGCAGGUGGAGACUCUGAUCCAGGAGCGUGGCUGGGAGUUCAUGUGGAACGAGAGGCUGGGGUACAUCCUCACCUGUCCCUCCAAUCUGGGCACCGGUCUCAGGGCUGGAGUGCACAUCCGCCUGCCGAGGCUCAGCAAGGACGCUCGUUUCAAAAAGAUUCUUGAGAACUUGCGGCUGCAGAAGCGUGGCACCGGAGGCGUGGACACAGCGGCCACCGGAGACACGGUCGACAUCUCCAACCUGGACCGUCUGGGCCGCUCUGAGCUGAUGCAUGGACAGACCAGAGCCGCAGACAGAUCACAGGUGCAGACGGUGAUGGAUCCUACCGCCUGCUGUGAUCUCACAUGA